CCAUUUGCGUUUAUUUAAGGUUCUUCACUUCCAUUAAAGCUUCAAUCCUUAGUUCUUCAUCGUAAUCACUUGGUAGUUUCCUACCAAGUUUCCAUUAAAAUGGCACCACAUGGAGAUGCUAUUACUACUAGCACUUACCCCAAGAGAAACAACUUCCCCUUGCCACCGAAACUCUCCAAGGACACCCUCAUCCGGACCGCAUCCGAUAUCACUUUCCAAGUGAGCAAGGAAGUGCUCGAUAACUACAAAGAAACAGCCGCAACGUGUGAGAACCAGCUGCCGCCUAUACCCGAAGUCGAAGACGCAAAGUGCGAGUGUUGCGGGAUGAGCGAAGAGUACACUCCGGAAUACAUCGAGCGAGUCCGCAGCAAGUACUUGGGGAAAUGGAUAUGCGGACUGUGUGCCGAGGCUGUAAAAGAAGCAAUGGAGAAAAAUGGAGGGAAUAUAGAAGCCUUGAGUGCACAUAUGAACACAUGUGCGAGAUUUAACAAGAUUGGGAGGGCUUAUCCAGCUCUGUUGACAGCUGAAGCCAUGAAGGAAAUUUUAAGGAAGAGUUCGAGAGAAGCGAAAAGUGUUAGGGCAAAAUCUAUUAGCCCUAGGGAUAGAUCAGGAGGUCAGAAGAAUGGUGGGAUUGCCAGAACCACCAGUUGCAUUCCACCAACUACAAGGAACAUCAACAAUCUCAAAGUUUCAAACUGAUGAGAUGAGAAGUUAUCAGCCAACCCCAUCAUAAUAUUUUUAUUAACCUAUUCUUUUCCUCCCUGUCUGGGCCAAACCUUUUGUUAACACAAUAGUUUUUUUGGGUUUGGUCCAAUUAUUUUUAUUAAUUUGCUAAUAUGGGUCUUUGACUUUUGUAACCAAAAGCUCAAACCAACUUUUGG